AUGGCAGGUCGCCGGUGGGCCGCGACGUCAGCCCUCUGCAUGUGCGUGGCAGCCGUCUCUCUCCUGCACGCUGGCGGGGUGCGGGCAGACUGCUGGCUCAUCGAGGGGGACAAGGGCUUCGUCUGGUUGGCCAUCUGCAGCCAAAACCAGCCCCCCUACGAGUCCAUCCCCCAGCAAAUCAACAGCACCAUUGUGGACUUGCGGCUGAACGACAACAAGAUCAAGAGCGUGCAGUACGCCUCGCUCAGCCGCUUCGGCAACCUGACAUACCUCAACCUGACGAAGAACGAGAUCUCCUACAUCGAGGACGGUGCCUUUUCAGGACAGUUCAACCUCCAGGUGCUGCAGCUGGGUUACAACCGACUGAGGAACCUCACCGAGGGCAUCCUCCGGGGCCUGGGGAAGCUGGAGUACCUCUAUCUCCAGGCCAACCUCAUCGAGUCCGUCACCCCCAAUGCCUUCUGGGAGUGCCCCAACAUAGUGAACAUUGACCUGUCCAUGAACAGGAUCCAGAGACUCGACAGCAACACUUUUCGGGGCCUAAACAAGCUUUCUGUCUGUGAACUCUACAGUAACCCCUUCUACUGCUCCUGCGAGCUCCUUGGCUUCCUGCAAUGGCUGGAAGCUUUCACCAACAUGACCCGCACGUACGACCGGAUGCAGUGCGACUCCCCACCUGACUACAUGGGCUACUACUUGUUGGGCCAAGGCCGGACUGGCUACCGCAAUGCGCUGAGCAUGCUCUCUUCCCUUUGCACCGGCGGCUCCUACACUGUGAUCCCUCGUUUUAUCCCUCCCAGGUACCAGGUGACCACGGUGCCCUCCGAAAGCCCCUGCUCCGAGGAGGAUUGCUCCUCCGGCGAUGGCACGACCCCGCAGUUCUCCCUCUUCACUCCCAUCGGCGAAACAGAGGUGCGCCCCAACAUCCAGGUGAAGCACCUCAACCACAACUCAGCCGUCCUCACCGUGCAGAUUCCCUACCCAUUCAGCAAGAUGUACAUCCUCUCCCAGUUUGAAAACGGCUUCUCCUCCAUGAUCACCAAGCUCAGGAAGAAGGAGGAGAACAUCACCGUGAGCAACCUAGUAGCACAAAGAGACUACACCUACUGUGUAGUCUCUGUCCACCAAUACUCGAAGUACAACCACACCUGCGUCACCAUCACACCCACCAGACCCAACCGCAAGGAGCCAGUGCCCACCCCUUCCACUGCCACUCAUUAUAUCAUGACAAUCCUGGGCUGUCUCUUUGGCAUGGUGAUUGUCCUGGGCGUUGUGUAUUACUGUCUCCGGAAGAGGCGCCAGCAGGAGGAGAAGCACAAAAAGGCUGCCGGCAGCAUGAAGAAGACCAUCAUUGAGCUGAAAUAUGGGCCAGAAAUGGAGACCACCAGCAUCACCCAGCUGUCCCAGGGGCAGAUGCUGGGCGGGGAGACAGUGACCCGCAUCCCCUACCUGCCUUCCGCUGGUGAGGUUGAGCAGUACAAGCUGAUUGACAGCAGUGAGACCCCCAAGGCCACCAAGGGCAACUACAUGGAGGUGAGGACGGGUGAGCAGCCCGAGAGGCGAGACUGCGAGCUGUCCCUGCCGCCAGACACCCAGAGCUCUGUGGCUGAGAUCUCCACCAUUGCCAAGGAGGUGGACAAGGUGAACCAGAUCAUCAACAACUGCAUUGAUGCCUUGAAAUCUGAGUCCACCUCCUUCCAAGGGGUGAAAUCGGGGGCGGUCUCCACAGUGGAGCCUCAGCUGGUGCUCUUAUCAGAGCAGAUCCCCAGCAAGCAUGGAUUUCUCUCCCCUGUCUACAAGGAAAGCUACAACCACCCUCUCCAGCGACACCACAGCAUGGAGGCGGCCCCCAAACGCUCCAGCACCUCUUCCAGUGGCUCCAUACGGAGCCCCAGGUCCUACCGCUCCGAGGGAUCGGGCCACAAAUCAGAAGCCAAAUACAUUGAGAAGACAUCCCCCACCACCGACACCAUCCUCACUGUGACACCGGCCGCGGCCAUCCUGCGGGCGGAGGCGGAGAAGAUCCGUCAGUACAGCGAACACCGGCACUCGUACCCCAGCUCGCACCAAGGGGAGCAGCACGACAGCAUGGCAGGGCGAAAGCCCUCCAUCCUGGAGCCUCUGACCCGUCCUCGCCCCAGAGACCUGGCCUAUUCCCAGCUCUCGCCUCAAUAUCACAACCUGAGCUACACCUCCAGCCCAGAGUACACCUGCAAACCAUCGCACAGCAUCUGGGAGCGCUUCAAACUCAACCGCAAGCGGCACAAAGACGAGGAGGAGUAUAUGGCAGCCGGCCAUGCCCUACGCAAAAAGGUCCAGUUUGCCAAAGACGAGGAUCUUCACGACAUCUUAGACUACUGGAAGGGCGUCUCUGCCCAGCAAAAGUCCUGAGUCCUCACACAACUCGUGACUUAACACACUAACUGGACCAAAAGAAAUCUGCAGCAGCUAUUUUUAUUUAGACUGUCUUUGAAACAAAAUAAAAUAAUAAAAAAAAAAUCAAUAAAAAUAAAAGAGAGAACAAAUUAUGAAAAUCUAUAAAUAUUCUAUAUAAUAUAUAAAAUGAGAUAUUAAAAUGUCCUCACACUGGUGAGACGCACCAAAUUUGAACACAAACUUUACAAAAGAAACAAACUGUGGAGUGAAAAAAAAAGGUUUUGUUUCAUUUCAAUUUUUUAAAAAAAAAAAAAGAAAAAAGAAAAAAUUGAAUAUAAAAAGAAAGUGAAAGAGUGGGCAGAGAGCUGAGGUCUGGCGUUUCCCGAUAUUGCAUUGCAUGAGUCCCUAUUCCGUGAUUUUGUGGAUUCUUUGUGAACAGUUUGUGUUCUUCCUUCCUUCCCUUCCAAAAUCAACAGCAACAAAAACAGCAACAAAAACCAAAAAGAGACCAGAAGGAGAUCCAUCCUUUGGGCUGUUUUUGCAAACGGAGUCUUCCAGUUUAGACUUUUACCCGGUUGAAGGCCCGUUCACAUUUUCACUCACUGAGAGGUUUUACCACACAUUGCAUUGUAAACCGAAGUCGUUAAUUGUACAGAGAAAAUUUCUAUAUUUGCAAUGUUUGCUGUAUAAUGAGAAAGAGAGAGGAGAAAAAAAAAAACAAUACUACAUCUACUAAAAAAUAUAUAUAUAUAUAUCUAUAUU